CACAUUUGAACAUCUCUUUCGUAAUCAAUUUCCCAGCAUUUUAUUUUUUCGAUUCUGACUAGGGUUUGGGCGAGUGGGUUCCCCCGAAGAUCAAAAUCAAAGAAUUUUUAAAAGUUCUCUCGACAUGACUGGUGGAGGGAUGAUGAAGUUCUUGAGCCCGAAGGUUCGUCUCCAAGCCACCGAGAUCCAGUCCUUGGCCUUUUGGGGCGCGGCAGCCGGCGCCGGCGCUAUCUAUCUCACUCAGCCGUUUAAUUGGAUUAGGAAGACAUUUUUCGAGAAGGAAUUGGAUGAAGGGAAGUGAGAAGGCGGCUGGAUUCGAAUUUUUCGGGGAAAAUUUUCUGUGGUCUUCUUGUUAGGUUGGUUUUAGAGAUGAGAGAAUUAACCCCAGGGGUUGGACGCAAUAAUGUUCUGUGUUUUUUUGGGUCUGACAAAGUGUCUGUUGAGGCCGCCAUUGCAUACUGGUCUUAUUCUUAUGUGACCCUUGAGUUUAUAUCAAAUCGCACUUUACUGUUUCUGGAAUACGAGCUUUACCCUUUUUUUGCUGAAAGCCUAGUCAUUUGCUGA